ACCGGUGUUUGAGUCACAUCAUGAAGAACGCAAAGGAUCUUUGCAAAAAGAGGUAUUUGUGCCAGAGUCUACUACAGAAACACUACAAAUUUGGCACGUUUUUGGAUUACUGGCCUGUUCUUCAAACUUGAAAGACAUGGAUGGCAUCAUUAUAAGUGCAACAGUUGUUUUCAAAAGUCCAUGCAGUGGACCAGAAGUGAACAAACACCUGCAGAACCUCAAACUGCUGAUCGAUCAGACGGGGAAUGUGGAUGCUGAAGAAACAGACAUCCUUCCAGAGGAUUAUAAGACGGCAAUAGUUCACUCAUCACUUAAACAGCACUUUGCCGAAGUAAUUGCCAGUGCCCACCUUGAUGUGACUGGACCACCGAAUGUGUACUAUGCACCAGCAUUCAUUUCAAGUAUUUCAAAGUACUUUCUACCACAUGCUACCUUGUGGUCAGGAAUGCUGCUUGGAGACCUUGGACGGCAUGGGAAAGGCUCAGCGUAUGGCUUUCUCAGUAAACGGUACAAUCAUGUGUCGCAGUUGAAGAAGCAGAACUACACUGAAGACAAUCGAACGCAAGGGAUCAUGGAAAAAAGUCACUGGGACCUGAAAAGGAUUCGCUUUGAACGAAGGCGUCUCGCUAGCCUAGAUGACUUUGUGCAGAUAUAUCAGAGGAAACAUGAUGCUCUUCUCCGAGAAUAUGGCCAUGGAGGCAAAAAAAGGAGGAAGUAUACUUUUCAGUCUUACCGAGUGGAGACCGAGAAGUGGAAGAAAAAAGUAGAAAACGAAAAGGCUUCUAUGUAACUGCUCUGAUGGGAAAACGAGUCAAACAGGAUCAUCAAGAAGAACCACCACACUCAGAUGUGCCCACAGAGCCGACUGAAGCUGUCACUACACAGGUUUG